AUGGCGAUUCCCGUUAUUGAUUCGCACGUCCACCUCUGGACGGCCUCGCACCUGAAUACUCUUGCAUGGCACUCACCUUCUAAUUCUUUGGGUUCUCAGCAUUCUGUCAAAGAAUACCUUGAUGCCACCUCUACGUCCAUUACUACUCUAGAGCCUGCAUCUUCAUCUUCGCCAUCUAACUAUCGCCUGAAAGGCUUCAUCUAUGUUGAAACAGAUCGAAUAUCCUCGCUUUCAUCCGAGGACUGGACCCAUGUUCUUGACGAGGUUUCUUUUCUUACACGCAUAGUCCGUGGGACUCCGCCAGAUGGCGAAGGACAUACAUCUUCAGACAAACAGCUAUGUUUAGCCAUGAUCCCUUGGGCACCGGUUCCUCUAGGGCCAACGGGACUAGAACUAUACAUGUCAAAGGUAAAGGAGCGGACAGGGCAGGAUGACGAAGGAGCGAGCAUAUGGAAAAAGAUCAAGGGAGUGCGGUACCUAAUCCAGGAUAAGCGUCGAGGUACGAUGCUGGAGGACAGUUUUAUACAUGGCCUAAAGUGGCUUGAUCAACGCGGUUUGGCAUUUGACCUUGGAGUUGAUGUCAGGAGAGGCGGUAUACAGCAACUUGAGGAGACCGUGGAAUUGACGAAGAUACUAUACAAGGAGGGAUGCCAGGUGAAAUUGAUUCUAAAAUUCAUCGAGUGGAAAAGGCACAUAACGUCUCUCUCGGCCUAUCCAAACACAUACAUGAAGCUUUCCGGCCUCUUUUCCGAGCUCCCGCCGCUCCCGAGACGAGUAGACGACGAAUUAGACGAGGCAGAGCUGGUAUCCUCCACCGUAGAAGCUAUCCAGCCCUGGACAGAUGCCAUAUUCACCACAUUCGGCACUGCAAGAGUGAUGUUUGGGAGCGAUUGGCCGAUCUGCAACAUCGGCGGGGGCGAUAACGAGACAACUUGGACGAGAUGGAUGAAAAUAGUCGAGAUGCUGCUGGAGAGGCGAGGGACCGGGGAAGAUGCGACGAUGACGUCUCCCGAGAUCCCAGCGCAGGCGAAGGCCAUGGUCUACGACAAACCAGGCAGCGUGUCGACCAAACUGACGAUGGUGGAUGUCCCCGAGCCAGGAACUGGCCAGGUGCUGGUCAACUUGACACACUCUGGAGUUUGCCAUUCUGAUCUCUCUGUUAUGACCAGCGGCUGGCCUGGUUUUAUAAAACCAACUCAGUCGGGCCAGGUCGGCGGCCAUGAAGGAGUCGGAAAGGUCGUCAAGUUUGGCCCUGGAGCUGAAUCCUCGGGCCUCAAAAUUGGUGACCGUGUGGGCAUCAAAUGGGUUUCAUCUGCUUGUGGCAAUUGCGCUUACUGCCUUGAAGGCACUGAUGGAUGCUGCCUUAACCAGAAGGUCUCUGGUUACUAUACCCCAGGUACUUUCCAGCAGUAUGUCCUCGGACCGGCACACUAUGUUACCCCUAUCCCGGACGGUCUUCCCUCCGAUGAAGCAGCACCCAUGCUCUGCGCUGGUGUGACAGUUUAUGCUGCUCUUAAACGCUCCCGCGCCGAACCAGGCCAGUGGGUGGUCAUCCCAGGCGCUGGUGGCGGGUUGGGGCACAUAGCCACCCAGUUGUCCAGCAAGGGACUCGGCCAUCGAGUCAUUGGCAUCGACCACGGAAGCAAAGAGAAGAUUGCUCUCGAUUCAGGAGCAGAACAUUUCAUCGAUAUGACCCAGUACCCGCCUGACGAAAAGGGGACGCAAGCCCUCGUUGAAAAAGUCAACUCCCUGACUGGUGGUCUGGGUGCCCAUGUAGCCAUCGUCUGCCCAGGAUCGAACACUGCGUAUACACAGUCUCUACAGUUGCUGCGUACUAACGGUACACUGGUCUGUGUCGGGCUACCUGAACAUGAAGUACAGCCAAUAGCUUCCUGCACACCCUCGCGUAUGAUCAAGCGUUCCCUUACCGUCGUGGGUUCACUUGUAGGGAACAGGAAAGAGGCCAUUGAGGUAUUGGACUUUGCAGCGAGAGGCCUCAUCAAGACUCACUUCCGCGUGGAGAAGAUGGAGAACCUUACAAAUGUAUUUGAGGAGAUGAAUCGCGGCGAGAUCCAGGGAAGGGUUGUUCUAGACCUAUCGUGA